UGACUACCCGGAGGAGGAAGAGGAGAUCGUCGAAGUUGCUAGGAGUUCUUGCAGCUGCGUGAUCCACAAGUAGGCAAUUUAGCUUGCAAGGGCCGCAGCUACUGAAUUUAGGGCAAGUCCGUUGCAACCGCGGAACAAACGCGUGGAGAUGGGUGAGGCGUGGUGGGUCGCACUGCCGCUGGCCAGGCUUAUGUUCGCUGCAGUGUUGGCCCUACUAAAGGCAGGUGCUUUUGAAAUUUCUCUUCCUCUGGGUGGAAACAUAACAGUUAAAAUAAAACCUGGAUUUUCUUUUCUAAAUACCUGUGCACUGCGUGAAGGAAAAAAACCUCAUUUUUUGGAGAAAAUCAUAGAGCCUGGACAGAAGUUUCAAUUUACCUUUGAUUGUUCCACACCAGAGAAAUAUUGGUCCAUACUUGUGGAGAAAAAUAUUGAUUGUCUGUCAGGUCAAUGUCCUUUUGGAGAUAUUCAGCUUCAGCCUCCAGGGUUGCCACAUCUUAAUAGGACUUUCAUUUGGGAGGCUAAAGCUAACCGAAGAGUUGGACUUGAACUGAAAUUCUCUCCAUGGUUAAGGCAAAUUCUGCCUGGAGACACCUGCCCUGAUCAAAUUAUUUACAACAUUAGCAGUCGUCUGGGAAAAGAUAGAGUCCAAAUUGGAACCUUCUGCAGAAAUGGUUCAGUGUCACGGGUAAAGGCACAAGGUGAUGCUAUUUUGACUCUUCAACUUCCUUGGGAUUCAAAACUCGCAGCCUCUGGAGUUAAGCUUGCAAGUAGAUCAUCCAUACAACGCCUCUGCAUUAUAGAAUCUACAUUUAAAGGCAAAUCAUCAGCAACUUUGAUGUCUGAAUAUCCAUUGGGGUUACCUGAAGAUGAACUCAUGACAUGGCAAUUUGUUCUUCCAUCCAGUUUAAGAGCAGAUAUCAACUUCAUCAAUUAUACAAAACCAAACUGUGAACGGAAAUAUGUGCGGGUGGAAUACUCAUUACCUGAUUAUUCUCCAGAUACUAGAGUCUUAUCCCUGGAUGAUGUGCAACCUGUCAAUAUUCCUGGCAGUUUUAACCUUUCCCUGUAUGGAUGUGACCAAGAUGACUCCUCAGGGCUCCUCAGACUCUUAUUUAAAGUGAUAGUAAAUUACCCUAAAAAUGAAGAGAAUGUAACCUACAAAAUUGAUCUAACACAUGAGAAGACUAAUCUUACAAUUUAUUCGAAAUCAUCAAUGAAUGAAUGUUUGAUCUGUGUUCACUCUAGCAGAAACUGCAGACCAAAUGUGACAUUAGAAUAUGGUGUCACAUAUUUUGCUACCUUCCUGUGUCAAAAUUUGGAUAAUAUAAGGAUAAUUGCUGAGCAAAAGUAUAGUUUGCUGGAAUGCCAGAACAUGUGAAAACCUAUUCUUCCAGCUGGCUGUACCUUCUGUUCUUCUCCAGCUGCCAAUUUUAAUUGAGACAUUUACAUGGAAAAUUCGA